CCGGCCCAACACGUGGGUUUGUGCGCGGCUGGCGGCGGCUUGGGCCAGGCCCACCCCACCCCACCCCCCUUGCCCCGCAGCAAGGCAGUUGCCGGUGCUAAUCAAUCAUGGAUCCUGCUUGUUUUCUCCCGUCCCACCAGUUCCGCGGCAGCGCUCUGGGCUUGGAUAUGUAUAAACCUCCAGCUAAAACCGGGCGGACGGAGCAGCAGCAGCCUAAAGCGGUUGAACCGACGCGGAUCAUCACCGAUCCGGUUACAGGCCGGGCUUACAGCAAAGGCCGCUUGCUUGGCAAGGGAGGAUUUGCAAGAUGCUAUGAAAUGACAGAUCUCUCAAGCAGCCAGACUUACGCUGUAAAAGUCAUUCCUCACAGCCGAGUGGCAAAGCCUCACCAACGUGAAAAGAUCAUCAAUGAAAUUGAGUUGCACAAAGACCUGCAUCACAAACACAUUGUGAAGUUCUCUCAUCAUUUUGAAGAUUUGGAGAACAUCUACAUCUUCCUCGAACACUGCAGCAGAAAAUCCUUGGCUCAUAUAUGGAAAUCCCGACACACUCUUCUGGAGCCAGAGGUUCGAUAUUACCUCAAACAAAUCAUCUCUGCCUUGAAAUACCUUCAUCUUAAGAACAUUCUGCAUAGGGACCUCAAAUUAGGUAACUUUUUCAUCAAUGAAAACAUGGAGUUGAAAGUUGGUGAUUUUGGUUUGGCUGCCCGGCAAGAACCUACAGACCAGAGGAAAAAGACUAUCUGUGGUACUCCCAACUAUCUUGCUCCAGAAGUGCUGCUCCGACAAGGACAUGGGCCAGAAUCAGAUGUGUGGUCUCUAGGCUGUGUCAUGUACACUUUAUUAUGUGGAAACCCCCCUUUUGAGACAUCUGAUCUUAAGGAGACCUACAAGUGCAUCAAACAUGUGACCUAUACGCUUCCAGUAUUCCUUUCCAUUCCAGCCAAGAACUUGCUUAUGGGAAUCUUGAAACGCAACCCAGAGGACCGUUUAACAUUGGAGGAAAUCUUGCAUCAUGAGUUCUUCACCAAAGGGUACAUACCUGAUAAGCUCCCACCCAGCAGCUGUGUGAUGGUCCCAGAACUGAACCCUCCCAACCCUGCCAAGAGCUUGUUUGUAAAGGUCACAAAAACUCUCUUUGGAAAAAGGAAAUCCAAAGUUAAGAAGCCUCCCUCAGAAGAGAGAGAUGAGAUUUCCAAAUUGGUAACCGGCCUUGUGAAGACCUCUAUCUGUAGACAGCUGAGCCACAAAACUGUGGAAGGGAACGAGGUCACCCCCUUGUGUGGCCAGAGUCCCAGCUCCAGCCCAGCAGAGACUGUAGCAGAGGAAGGCUCACGGAAGUCUGUGUCCAGGUCCAUUCGUGGGACAACGACUAGUACCUCUGAAGUAUUUGAAGAUUGUGUCACAGCAUCAGCUGUCAUUGAGUCUGCCGUUGGGCUCUUGAAGAACUGCCUGUCCACCAUGCCUCCAGCUGAGAGGAAUCCUGCUUCCUUGGCUUGCCAUGAGCACUUUAUUUGGGUAAGCAAAUGGGUGGACUAUUCCAACAAGUAUGGCUUUGGCUAUCAGCUCUCCAACCGCAGCAUUGGUGUCCUCUUCAACGAUGGAACUCAUAUGACCCUUUCUGCCAACUGGAAGAAAGUACAUUACAAUCUGACCAACAGUAAACAUUUCUCCUUCCCGGCUUCUGCAGUCCCUGAACAGCUGCAAGAACAGAUGGGUGUUUUGCAGUAUUUUGCCUCGUACAUGGAGCAGCAUCUCAUGAAGGGAGGAGACUUGCCCAGCAUAGAUGAGGCUGGGCAUCUGCCACUACUGCUCCUACAGUGGGUGAAGACUGAUCAAGCCUUGUUAAUGCUCUUCAGCAGUGGAACUUUCCAGGUGAACUUCUACAAUGAUCAUACCAAGAUUAUCUUCAGCAAACCUGACCACUCUUGCCUUCUCACCUACAUUAACCGUGACAGGAAUUCCUACACCUACAAGCUCAGUAGCAUUGCAGAACUUGGCUGCUCACCAGAGCUUCAGUAUCGGCUCAAGUACAUCCUCAAACUGCUACUUGAGCGAGCAGAUUCCUAAAGCUUCAGGAUAGAACCCUUAUUUUCCUAGUCUUUAUCCUUCCAAGAACAGUGUUAAUGGUGUAAGAGGUACUACUGCAGAGAUCAGGAUCCUCCCAUAGUGGAUGUGUAGUCUUCAGGAAAGACAACAGUUCAAACAAACUACAUAGAUGUAGCUCUGAUUACCUUUUCUCUGGACCCAUCAACCUCUGGAUGCUUAUCACCAAACUGACUCUUUUUUUUUUAAUGAAGGGGUUUGCACUUGCUUUGACAUGCCUACUCCAGUCCACAAUAGAGAGGAGGUGCAGGGAUGGAAGCUAAAUGCCUUAAGCUUACUCCUGUGUGACUUCACAGUUGGUGUGUGACUUCACAAAUGGAGAAGGAGGUGUCAUGGGUACAGGGAGAAAUAUUGUUCCAUCCACAACAUGGAAAUACUUAAGGGUAGGUUGAGGAGAAAGGACAAUUGUCCUUUGCAAAGACAGUUGCUGGACUUUUCUUUGUCUGGUACUUACAUACAUGAUAAGGACUUGCACCCUUGAACCUGAUUGAGUUUGAGGGGCAUAGUUCUCAGUUGCUGAUCCAUGAGUGCAGAAUUCAGGUGGCUUCCACUCAUGAACUGGUUCAGGCAUUUGUAACACUACCGCUGUCUGCCCAUGGGCUAUCUUGUUCUGCUUGGAGUGACAUCACAUGUCAAUCAUGGCUUGAUUCCAGCUUGUGGAGCAAAUGAAGCUAUACAGUGUUAGUUGCUGGGGCCAGUUAGGGAAGGAGGAAAGAGUUGCAUGAACAGCCUUUUGCAGAGUUAGAAGGGAACCAGGAAAGUGGCUUCUCUGCUUGGCGUAUGCUGAGGGCAGAGGGGAACUUAUCUGGCUGUCGUGCCAGAUGGCUAUUUUCUGGAGCUGGCGGGGAUGAAUUGCUGCCACUCUUAAUUUGGGAGGAAGGGGUAUGAAAGCUGAAUCUUCAGCCUUAAAUCAGGUUCAAUUCAGGUUUACAGUGCUGUCGCUUAGCACUUGGGGCCAUGAAGGUGUGUGUUGCAUAACAAAUUGUUACACUAAUUAGGCGAAUAGGACUUUCUUUCUUUUUUUGCUGAGACUGUGAAGUACCCUGUUUUUGCCUCACCGCUUCAUAGACUCAAGAGGCAGCAGAGGGGUUUUGUGUAUUACUGUGGUACAGACUUGACCAGCUUAAGCAAAAGCUGCCCAUUUUGUAUUUGAACUUGACAGACUGUAGUCAAGUUACGGAGUGUAAAUGGUGUGAACUUCCACUGAGACAUAUUUAUGUAUUUAUAUGAACUAUUUAUUUUGCACCUGUGUCCUAUCAAUCAUGCAACACCAUGUCUCCAAACUCCAGCAGUUUGAUUACAAUAAACUCCUUUUUA